AUGUCACAGUCCAAUCCCCCGACGGCAAGGGCGUCCAAGAUUAUCGAGACAGGGCCAUUGAACCCUAACGAAGCCCGAUGGAUCAAACUCGGUAAAAUCACCUACACAGACCCCCUCGGAGUGCAGCGCACAUGGGAGACGGCCGAGCGAACGACACGCCCCAAAAACAGCCCGAUUGACGGGGUCGGCAUCGUCGCGAUUCUCAACCAGCCAACGGGCCCCGAGAUUCUUCUACAGAAACAAUACCGUCCACCAAUCGACAAAGUCUCCAUCGAAGUGCCCGCGGGCCUCAUUGACGAGGGGGAGACACCAGAACAAUGCGCCGUGCGCGAACUCAAGGAAGAGACUGGCUAUGUGGGCGUGGCCGAGCAGACAAGUACGGUCAUGUACAACGACCCCGGGUUUUGCAACACAAAUCUUAACAUGGUGCACGUGCGAGUCGACAUGAGUCUACCGGCAAACAAAAAUCCAAAGCCGGAACUGGAAGAUAAUGAGUUUAUUGAAUGCUUUACUGUGCCCCUUUCGAAUCUUUUGGGCGAGACAAAAAAGCUGGAAAGCCAGGGAUAUGCGAUUGAUGCGCGUGUUGGGACGUUGGCUGAGGGGAUUGAGCUGGCGCGGACUCUGAAACUGCACGGAUACCUACGUCAUCUGCGGAUAGCUCCCGAUCUGAACCAUAAACACCUCCAGAGCUUCCUUUUAUCCCCCCUCUCUCUAUUUGUCAAGCACAUCGACUCGAUGAUCCCACGAUCAAGACUCGCUCUGCGAAAUCUCUCUGUUCUACAAAAAACAGCCGCAAAAAGAAAAAUGUCAACAUUCACCAUCCCCAUCCACGACAUCAAGAAUAAUGCAGCGUCAACAACAACAACCAUCCCCGUAAACUUCGCUUCUUCUAGCGAUCUCAUAUCGCGCGACCAGCUCUUAUCCUUCCCCGCUUUUAAAACCUGGCUCUCCACGCUACAGCGCUCGCUGGCUCGACAGCGCCACCCAACGCACGAGUUUCACGGGGAACCUUACGCGCUACGCAAGAUUGAUAUCCAGGCCGUCGACCGAUGGGGUGGCCGAAUCGGUUUUGUCAAGUUUGUGGCAGACGUGUCGAAUGAUUCUGGGGAGAGUUUCCCGGGAAGUGUUUUCUUGCGAGGGGGAAGUGUAGGCAUGUUGCUCAUCCUGCAACCCGAUGACAUACAACCAAACUCAGAAAAGGACAAACGCGCCAUCAUGACAAUCCAGCCUCGCAUUCCUGCCGGCUCACUCGAGUUCCCUGAGAUUCCGGCAGGCAUGCUCGACGACAGUGGUACGUUUGCUGGCCGCGCGGCAGUGGAGAUAUACGAAGAGACGGGGUUGUCGAUACCGCAGAACGAGCUUGUCGAUAUGACAUCGCUGGCGCUCGCGUCGCUGCAGAGCAACAAGCCCGAAAAAGAAAUAGAAGAAGAAGAAAAAUUGCAGAAAGGAGUGUAUCCAUCGCCUGGCGGCAGUGACGAGUUUAUUCCUCUCUUUUUGUAUCAGAAACGAAUGCCGCGACAGGAUAUCGAUGCUUUGCAGGGCCGGUUGACCGGGAACAGAGACGAGCGCGAGAAAAUCACGCUCAAACUUGUGCCGUUGGAGGACUUGUGGAAGCAGGGAUUGAGGGAUGGCAAGACGCUUGCUGCGUGGGCGUUGUACCAGGGUCUCAAGCAGGAGGGAAAGAUUUAG